AUGAUAGCCCUGCCGGAGGUGGAACGCGAGCGCAUCGUGUUCGAGCGGUUCCAGAAGCGGCAGCAGGACAAGGAGAAGGUGGCGCUGUGGAAGCGCCUGCAGAAGAACAAGGCGCGGACCGGCGGCGGCGGUGUGAGCGGGGAGGUCUCCGCCGCGGCGGUCCAGAAGAGGAAGGAGGCGCAGGCGGCCAGGGCGGCGACAGCGGCGGCGAGGGCGGCGGCCCUCGAGAACGACGACAGCAGCAGCAGCAGCGGCAGCGGCCAGUCCGACGAGUCCGGCGACGAAGAAGGGGCCGUUGUUAGAGAGGAGGGCAGAGGUGGCGGCGGGGUGGAGAAGGACGAGGACUCGGAUGAGGACUCGGACGAGCCGCCGCAACAGCGACGACCGCCGCCGGCGGCGGCGGGGGCCGCGGUGUCGUCCGCAGCGGCGGAGGAAGACGAAGAGAACAGCGACGACGACGAUGAUAUGGGACAGCAACAGCAGCCGCAGGAGCAGCAGAGCCGCCGACGGCAGGGCGCAAGGGACCGCUCCGGCGGCGGUGGCGGCGGCAGCAGCAGGAGAAGGAGGUCGAGCCGGUCCCGCAGCCGGAGCAGAGACAGGGAUUACCGCGGAGGCGGCAGCCGUCGCUCACGGUCUAGGUCUCAGGAAGGGGAGCGGGGGCGCGGCAGCAGCAGCAAGCCCAGAGAGUCGAAGCCCGAGCCGGAGCCGGAGCCGGUGUUGGAGGACAUCAACCGGUGUCGGGUGCCGAGGGACUACCUGGAGCGCUGGGCGAACGAGCCGUACUUCGAGAAGGCCGUGCAGGGGUGCUUUGUGAGGGUGGCGAGGGGGGUGGGCAGGAGCGGCGAGCGGGUUUACGUGAUGGCGGAGAUCGUCGGGGUGGGGCCCUACAAGCGGAAGUACAAGAUCGGCAAUUCCUACACCCAGAAGUGCCUCAAGAUCUCGGCCAGCAGCUCGCAAGUGAGGGACCAGUGCAUGGAUAUCGUGUCCAACUCCCGCAUCUCGGAGGGGGAGUACACGCGUUGGAAGGACGGCCGGAAGGGGGCGAAGGUGCCGACCCUCACGGUCUCAGAGUGCAACGCUCGCCGCGUGCGCAUGAACAAGAUCGUUCAGGGCCACAGGUACUCUGCCGAGGAGGUGUCGGCCAUGGUGAAGCAGCGGCAGAGCGAGGGAGUGGCGUUCACGAACGUGGCGCUGUCCCGCAUGAAGCUGGACAAUUCUCUCGAGGCCGCGGUGGCGGAGGGCAGGGAGGACGAGGCGGACUUUUGCAGGGAGCAGCUCGCCAAGUUGGACGAGCGUGAGGCCCAGAAGAAGAAGAGCCUGGACUCGGGAGCGGCCGGGAUGCGUGCCCUGAACGAGCGCAACAAGACUUUCAACGUCCACACCGACACUCACGUCGGCCGCAAGAAGCGCUUGGCGGAAGCCAAGGCCAGGGAGGCGUCGGCAGCCGGGGACGAGGGCGACUUCGACCCUUUCAAGCGACGCUCCUGCCGCCCCAAGAUACUCUGGUCCGUGGGCCAGCACAGCCCCACCCGGCCGCCGCCGCCCCG